AUGGGUUUACAGAGUCAGCUUUCCGAUAUAUCAUCGGAAUCAACCCUUAUAUUUACGGUAGUCCUCAUCGGAAAAAGCGUAGGGUAUCUCCACUCCGUUUUCUUCACUAUCUUGCGCCUCUUCUCACACCGGUUCGACUCGAAUCAUUCUGAUUUCGACCAUCCUCUUCACGAUGUUGUUCAAUUCGGCCUGGCUGAUCUUGUUGUCAUGCUGGAGCAAUUAAAUCUGAACCGGGUUUUCUCUUAUACAAAUAAAUCCGGUGAUGGGGCCAGUUCGGAUUGUGUGGUGUGCCUGAACCGUCUGGGUGAAGGUGACAUCGUGCGCAAGUUAGCGUGCCUCCAUGUUUUCCAUAAAGAGUGCUUCGACGGCUGGCUUCACCAUCUUAACUUUAAUUGCCCCCUGUGUCGGUCGCCGGUGGUGCCAUGUGAGCGAGUGAAAAUCACGCGCAGGCGCGUGGCUAGAGAUAUAUUGGCGUGGUUCACUUUGCAGUGA